ACAAUGUCAAUUGGGAACAAAAGUAACACAAAAAAGGAUGGGAGAAGAGAGAGAAGAUUCGCAGAAGCUGAAGAAGAUGGCGGCGGCUGCCUACGAUUACGAGAACGACCCAAGGUGGGCAGACUAUUGGUCCAAUGUCUUGAUUCCUCCUCACAUGGCAUCUCGCUCCGAUGUGGUUGAUCAUUUCAAGCGCAAGUUCUACCAGCGCUAUAUCGAUCCUGACCUUGUGGUAGAGGCUAUGUCAUCAUCAACACCAUCUGCUUCAUCAUCAACCUCAUCAUCAUCAGCGAAUGAAAGCACUCGAGCACGCAAUGCAGGCUCAACCACUAGAAGUUCAAGGGCAUCAGCAGCUGCCACUUCAAAUACAACUUCUAUGCGCUGGGAUCGGCAAACAAUACAAUUUUCUGUCAAUGCUUGGGUUUUUAUUGUGGCUGUGCUUGCCAUCUUUCCACUUGUUACUAGAACUCUUUCUAUUAGAGCAUAUCGACUGUCGUUCAUGGGCACUGCUUGUUCCGCUCUAUACUCUUUGUAUGCACUAUAUGGGAUACCAAGGGCCUGUAAUUUGCAGGCUAUUCAAGUGUAUUUUCAAUCAAUAAUUACAACCAAAGAUUUUAUCUACUUUAUCUACAGCCUUACAUUUGUCACUUCUCAUCUCUGCCUUAAAUUUGCUUUGAUUCCCAUUUUAUGCCGAGCACUUGAACAUGUUGCAAAGUUCUUAAGGCAUAACUUCAAUCGUUCUACCUUGUACAGGAAGUAUUUGGAAAAUCCUUGUUUGUGGGUAGAAUCGAACACCACUACUCUUAGCAUACUCUCUUCACAUGCUGAGAUCGGAGUUGGCUUCCUUCUAAUCAUUUCUUUGUUCUCGUGGCAACGCAAUAUCAUACAAACUUUCAUGUACUGGCAGCUAUUAAAGCUUAUGUACCGUGCUCCGGUUACAACUGGUUACCACCAAAGUGUUUGGGCGAAGAUCGGGAGGAUGGUUAAUCCUCUUGUCCAGCAGUACGCUCCAUUUUUGAACGGUCCGGUUUCUGCAAUACAGCGAUGGUGGCUCAGAUAGGAAGUCAAAAAUGGCCAAUAUGUAGAUGAAGAGGAGGAUGAAUUGUUCUACACAAGGUUUAGUUUGCAUCUCUUUUUUUUUUAGAUUAAAAACUGAUUUGGGAUAAAUGAUGAUGUGGCCAUCUUGACUGUAGAGGAUGGGGUUUAACAUUUAUUCAGCUAAUUACAGCCUUCUCUUGUUCUUAACCUUAUUAGACUUUUUUGUGUCAAUCAUUAAAAUUGUGUUUUUUUUUGCC